AUGGCUGAUCACGUAAAAUUGGUGCGGGAAGUGUUAAAGAAAUUGCUGAAUGCCAAACUAUAUGUUAAGCCAUCAAAGUGUGAGUUCCAUCAGACCCGACUAGAUUACCUUUGCUAUCGAAUUUCCAGUGAGGGUAUUGAAAUGGACCCCGCCAAAGUGAAAGCCGUGAUCGAAUGGCAACCCCCAAAGACACACAAACAGCUUCAGAGCUUUCUAGGGUUCGCCAACUUUUACCGACAGUUCAUCCACUCCUUCGCCGAAAUUGCAUUACCCCUCACUGACUUAUUGAGAACUGGAAAGGAAGGGGGAAAACCAUGGAUGGGCCAACCGCUAGCAUGGACUAUGAACUGUCAAACUGCUUUUGAGAACUUGAAAAGGCUAUUUGCGGUCGAGCUGGUCUUAAAGCAUCCUUGUUCAGGGAAACUCUGUGAAUCAAGCCGAUGCCAGCGACAUGGCCGUCAGAGCUGUGCUAUUGCAAAAGAACCAGGAUGUGGUCCUACAACCCUGUGCCUACACCUC